UUAUCUCUACUACUAAUUAUGUUUGUAUUGUAGGCGUCCACACCCCGACGGAUGGUGCACGGUUCUGCCCUGCGACACCACCCACGCCCGUCUCUCCGAAGCCGCCAGCGUCUCCACCCGAGACCCCGACCCACCCCGCCUCCCCCGCCGCCGCGCUCGCGCUCCCCCGCGACAGCCGCCAUACGCCCUAUCUCCGCCGUGCCUGCGCCUCCUCCCCCGCCCGCCCGAGACCCGCCAAGUUUCCCUUCCUUGCACGGCGAGAUCCACCAUCGGCGCCCCCUUCCCUGGCGAGCCACAGCCGUCCAUGUUCCUGGCCACCGGCGACCUCCCUUCUCUAGCCCUUGGCGGCGAGCCAACACCUCCUCCCAUGGCUGCCCCCCAGACCCCAGUCCCGUCCGCGCAUCCGCUCUUCCGUCAGCGACGCACCUAUUCUCCCCUCUCUCCCCGACGUCGCCCAUGGCGUGGACGGCGACCUCCCUCACCCUGCAACUCUGCACGUGUAAGGGCCGUGUUGCCCGCCUCCUUUCCCCACACCGGCGCAGCCCCCUGUCGCCGCGGCCCCUUCCCCAAACAGCACGGCACCACAUGCUCCCCCUGCCGCGCCCGCACUCUCCUUCCCCAAAUAACACGGCCCCACAUCGCUGGUUGCCUCGCCUCGCCGGGGACCCAGCACGAUGGUCAGGGAGCUGGUGGGUGGGGGAGACAGGGAGGAGCGGAGGAGGAGGUCAAGCUCAACAUGGACAUUGUGUUCGUGACGCUGCCUUCCCCACCGACACCAACGACUCACUCCAGAACCCGGAUCUGGGGCCCUUCCUCCUCAAGCCAUGGUAUUGGGCGAGGGUGGCGCCGCCUCGCGUGCUUGAGUUCGCCGAGCGCGCCGCCAGGGUGCUCGAGCGAAGAGGUGAGGGCACCGAGCUCGAGCUCGCCAUGAAUCUCCACAUCGCUGCUGGCAUCCACUGCGGACUCAGCCACCAAGCCCUGACAUUGUAGCCAGUUUCUUGCAAUCAGAACGAAUGCCAGUUGGUAACCAUUUAACAUUUCUUUUGCUGUGUCAACUUAUUGGAGUUGGAGAGAGGCUAUCACUAUACUGACCUUUAUAUCAUCAGAAUUGACAUAAAUGUGAUUUACACGUAGAUACAAGUUUGUGGCAGAGAUUUCUCUGACACGCCAAUCAGUCUUCGAUGCGAAUGCUUGUUGCUCAUAUGGACUUGUGGUUGUGAUAAUGAGUUCAUCUCCGUGCACAUUUGUCGUCCUUGUGGUUACAGCAGUUAACUGAGUAGUCUCUCUUGACUGCAAAACAAGCAAUCUGUUGCCUCUGCUGUGAUGGUGGAGCAAUUUCAGCGCCAAGAAUGAUAUCUCGCAUUUUAGAUUGUGUCAGUGCAGAAGUAUUAACAUUGUUUUUCUUUGCAUAAUCAGAAAGGAUGAGGUCCCUUAGUGCACACUCAACCUUCAACCACUGUUCAUCAUUCAGAGAUGGCCAUAUAUGAUGUGUUUCAGUAAUAAUUGUUUUGUCAGGUUUGAGCAACAUCUUUGCCUUCUCAUUAUUCACAUGAAGUGCACGUAGAAUAAGCACAAUGUGGGAGAAUGUUGUGUAUGAUGAUAUACUUUUCAACCAAUCAUCAUAUAUAUUAUAAAGAACCAUCUGUGGUUCAGUUGCCUUCAGUAUAAGAUCACCAAACUUCUCAAUCUUCAAGCAAGCCUGGAAAGGAAGCUGCAGCUCACUGCCCUUAAUAACAAUGUUAGGGAAGUCAGGUAGAUGGACCUCCAAGGGAUCCAACAUGCCCUUCCUUGUCACAACAAUUUGCUUUGGCUGCUCUUCUACAGGAAGAGAUCGAACCAAUGCAGCAACCUCCUCAGCGGUUUUCCACUUGGCCAGCUGCCCAAGACGCUUUUGCCCCGCCCAUACACUUGUGUGGAUAACCUGCACAUUAUUAUCCAUACUCAGUUUAAACCUACCUAUGUUCAGGGUUUUACAGAAAAACAAAAUCACAUGAAAACUAGAGCAGAAAUUCGAAAAGAACAAACCUUAAGAAAAAGUUGACCCGUUCUUGGAUUGAAAAAUGAAAAUAGCACCAUUAAUUGGUUUGGUGGUCAAGUUACCCUAAAAUGUUUUGUGAAUAGUGACUCGAUACACAUUUGUAUCAUCCACGAACCAUAUGAUUUGAUUGCUGAAUAUCUCUCCAUAGUUCUGUGAAGACAGGUAUGGUUCAUAUAUUCAAAUAUCCAAACCUCAUUUGGAGUUGUGAUACCAGCAACCUUUGACAUCGAUUCAAGAUGCUACUGGAGUGUUAUUCAUGUGAGUGUAAUUUAGUACAUGAUCCAACUGGUAACAAACUUUAUGAUACUAGCAUAUCACAUAAUAGAUGAGAUUACUAGAAACAGCUCAUGUUAUUGAAUAUAGAAAUUUCAGUUCUAUUGUUUUUACACAAAUUUGUUUGUGAUGCUUCAAACCGCUAAUGAUUUUUUUUAAAAAAGUUGUGCAAUGAGCAUAUCACAUAAUAUAUGAGAAUCUUAGGAAUAAACCAAGUUGCUAAUGAGUAAAAUUUUGGCUUUGCUUUUUAAAAAAUAUGGGUUCAAGUUGUUCCUGACAGAUGCCACUGCACAAAUGGACGUUGACACGUUGUAGUGAUCACACUGUCACGAGAGCUGAGCAAACUACAGCCUGCAAGAGCUACACGUGGCAUGCUUGACCACAUCAUGGUGGAGAAUGCAAGUGUUAAAGUUGCAUUGAAUCGCAUUGCCGUUGUUUCUGUCCUGGAUGCACAUACCCUGUCAGUGAUGUCUUAUGAAGCUUGGAGGCUCAUACAUCUGUUUCUGUUGGCUCUCUCUAGCUAUAUGCAGUGGAGCUGCUAAUAUGCAUGAAGUUUGGGCUAGGUGAGCUUCCUCUUUCACUUUUCAAACCAGUAUAGGUAUUGGCCGAUGUCAAGAAGACAAGGCCGGCGACGAGAGGACGACAGCGUGCAAGAAGAGAAGGCCCAUGUUAGGCGCAACUAUAGGGCUCAAGGUCAAUCAGUUGUGGUCACACUUUUCCAUUUUUACGUUCAGCUAAACUGACCCCCUGUCUCAUGGUGCAACUGUGCAAGGAUAGGCAACAAGUGUUCAACAAUAUGUCUGUGGAUCAAUUGACCUGCAUUUCAGCUUUUAGUUGAGGAUCAAAAUCUCGUGUCGUUCAGGUUCGUGGCCACCACCAUCCUCUUGUCCACCGAACCCCUCGCACGCGGCACGACCUAAUCCUAGACACCCGACCCCAAUGCUCAUGGCCCUCGGUAGAGAGACAUUAAUGUGUCGGCACCGUGGAUCGUCGCAGUUGUGGGUCACUGUAACGGCACUGGUCACAGGCACCAUCUGCCUCUGUUCGUCCUCCUCUAUUGGCCUCCUCAGCACCUACAGGGUCCAGAUGGAAAAGUUUCUAUAAUACAUAUGUAACAAAUACAUACUCCUUGUUCAAGAGAUCGUAAGCAAGAUUGUAAACGGUAUCCAACGCAGAAGCACCUAAUAUGGUUACAGAGUAUUACUGAUGGGCUUACCUGCAGACUGCAUGCUACUACUCAAGGAUGUUGUUGCAAAUGAGUUGUGGAGAACCGUAGAUGCAAAUGGUUGGAGAGCAUCUUCUGCACCACACAUCUAUUGGCCUCACAUACCAGCUGAAUCUGAGAGCAAUGGGUACUUGUGUGUCCGGUGCAACGGCGGCUUGACCUUACAAAUCAGUGUUGUAUGACUAAUAUAAAACUCUCUCUCUCUAAAGUAGCAUAGUUCACCAUGCAAGUUUUGUGUAUUCAUGGCAACAUAUCUGAAAGAUUUAAGAUUACUUCUACCUUGAUUUUGUAGAUAUGAAAUGUUGUUGUCAUUGCACGAAUCAUUAAUGACUUGAUUUUGCUCUCUA